GCCUUCCCCUAGAAUCUCUUACGAAAGCUGCUACGAAGGAGCCUUCCGGAGCAGCAGCUUCCGCUUGGGCAGCGUGUGGAGUGGCUCCCACUGCCGACUGCAGAGUGGCUGCGAAAGAGAGAGAGAGAGCGAGCGCCCCUGAUAUCGAGGAGAGCAUCGAACACAGGUGUCUGAUAACACCUGAGGCUGGGCCCCCGCAAACCCGAAUAGUUCUCCUCGGGGACGCUGCGGUACGGCGAGUUCAGUAACGGUUCGGGUUCUCGCCGGUGAAGAUCGCCGCUCUACAACCGCUCUCCGUGGCUUCGCCAGCGAAUCGAUCGCGUUGACCGCGUGCGCGUGUGUCGUGGGCACUGUCUUGUGGGCUUCCAGUACCUCGUGGCGUAGCGGGGAACCGCGAAGAGUGAGAGUGAUCCCGCAAAACCCGUCGGGGUACGGAUUAGGAAAUAUCUAUCUGCCGGCGUGCCCGAUCGCCAAGGGGUGUGUGCUGUUGUGGCGAUCUACGAAGGUGAUAAACGGAUAGGUCAACAAAUUGACGCAUCUACGCAGCGCAUUACUCGGCGCGAGCAAGGGCAGCCGUUGAGACGACGGCCGGUGGCCACCGUUUCCGACAGAGGAAGAAAAAAGCAACGAUAACAACCUGAUCGUUAUCGACCCCCGGAGUACCGCGAAGUAGUACCCCGGCGUCGGAGGAGAAGUGCCAAAGUCCACGGGGGGCCAGACACAGGAAAAUGCCGAUUCUUCAACCAGCACCAACGCUGGCCACGCUCGUCGUGGAGGGAGCGCUGAACGCGACACUCGGGCUGGUGGCGCGCCAUGAGGAAGGGGAGGACGAUGAGGACGACUCGCCGACGGUGGCCAAAGCGGUCACGAUGGUGGUCCUGUUCAGUGCCAGCAUGCUGUGCGGGCUGCUCCCCUUCCAGCUGGUCCGCUGGUUCAAGAUCAACCCGGAGGCCCCGUCGGGCAACCAUCUGUUCUUUAUCCGCCUGCUCCUGUCGUUCGGUGGUGGGGCCCUCCUCAGCACCACCUUCCUGCACCUGCUGCCCGAGAUUAACCACUCGAUCUCGCUGCUGGUCGAGAGCGGUGCACUGCCGCCGCCAGAAGAUCUGCCCUUCCCGCUCGGUGAGUUCCUGCUCACCGGGGGCUUCUUCGUGAUCUACCUCAUCGAGGAGAUCGUGCACUGGUGGAUGCACCGACGAUCGGCAAAAGCACGGGCAGCGUCCCGUGUCGACCCCGCCAUCACCGCCAUCCAGAAAGAACCGCUGGACAGCUCGGGAAUAGUGGCCGAUUCGAAGCACUCCCAUCAUGCCAGCAACCACUCGCACCUGCCGAUCGGGAACGUCAGCUACCCGAUAACCGAUGUCGACGGCCGGCAGGUCGUGCCGGACCUGAACGGGGACGUCGUGGCGAGCGAUAAGCCGGAGGAGCCCGGCUCGUCCAGUACCCUCCGCGGGCUGCUGAUCGUUCUGGCCCUCUCGAUCCACGAACUGUUCGAGGGUUUGGCGGUCGGGCUCGAACGCUCACCAUCGGCCGUGUGGCUUCUGUUCGGGGCCGUCGCAGCCCACAAGUUCGUCAUCGCGUUCUGCGUUGCGUUCGAGCUGCUGGUAGCGGCCGUCCGGUUCCGGGUGGCCGUGGCGUACAUCUUCGUCUACUCCGUCGUCAGCCCGCUCGGGAUCGGCAUCGGCAUAGCGCUCAGCUCCGUGAGCGACGAUGCGAACGACACGAUCGAGGUGGUAUCGGUUGUCCUGCAGGGCAUGGCCAGUGGGACGCUGGUGUACGUGAUCUUCUUCGAAAUUCUCGCCAAAGACUCGGGCCACAGCCACGGUGGCGGUGCUCCUGGUGGUGGUGGUGGUGCGGCUGAUGGACCGCACGGGUCCGACGGUGGCCACAGCCACGAUCUGCCCGCGACCAGCGGCCUGUGGCAGUUCUUUGCCGUGCUGGUCGGAUUCGCGUUGCUACUGGGCAUUCAGAUUGCAACGGAACACGAACAUAGCCACAGCCAUGGGGGAUCGGACGACCACGAUCACGAGCAUCAUCACUAACGGGAAGCGUGCUGGACCAAACUUAAUUAGUAAAUUCGAGACGAGAUGGAACGAGACGUGGAACGUAUUUAAUAUGUAAACCCGAAGGUAGGCCACCUCCAUGGCACACAUUCCACGGCGAGACGCGUGAAGCAAUAGGAGUUGUUAGUGCCGCGAGAGUGCCCGCGGUUCUAGGGGAAAGCAAAUGUGAUACAUUCAGUAAUACGUAUUGAAAACCUGUCCAUAACCUAAACGAUAACCGCAUAGCUUUAACGGGAUGGCA